UGUGUUUUGAAAUUACAGUGUGGUAACACUGGAUCAAAGUAGUAAGGUUAUGUCGCCCAGCGAAUGAAAACAACCAUUUGUGACUGAUCGAAAAUAGUUUUAAAACUUGACAGUUUGAGUCUAUGUCAUAGAUAAUUUACUAGUGUUUAGUAAUAAUGUCUCAGAAAAAAGAAGAAUGCUCAAGUAGCAGUGAUGAAAGUUUAGAUUUAACGUCGGUCAAAUUUGAUCCUCUUAGAGCCCUCUACUCAAGAAAGACUAAAGUUCCUGUACCAAAUGCAAUGACUUUAGAUAAUAUAGCUGCCUAUGAAUCAAUGAGAAAAAGAAUUGAAGAUGAAGAGAGAGGUGUUAUGAGACCUCCAAAGAAAAGCUUCCAAGGAAGAAGGCCAAGUACGACAGAUCAAUCAAAUGUUGACAAGCCAACCAAUGUGGAAACAGCGGGAACAAGUCAAACUGAAAGCGACUCAGGCUCUAUACCGACAGUUAGAAGAUUUUUACCCCAUCAACAAAUGAUCCCAGCCAAGAAGAAGGCCCCUAAAAUGAACUUGCUGAGUCGGAUGCCCGCGGCCCAACCCCCGUUCCAGAGACUGUGGGAGACCAUGGAAGGUCCGGCGCGCUCCAGAGUCAGGGUGGUGACAAGGGAUGCGUGUGGCGUACACGGCCGGCUGGAGGGCUACGUCGAACUGUUCGACAAGCACUGGAACCUGGCCUUGAGUGACGUCACGGAGGUCUUCUACAGGUCGUCGCCGGCGCGCGCCAAGGACUACUUCCAGGCGGAUGAUAUUGUUCGGGAGGUGACGAGCGACCUAGCGGAGGUGUGCGUGUCGCAGCCGGUGGGCCGGGGGCGCGGCCGCGGCCGGGGGCACGUCGGCGCGGGGCCCACGACGGGCCUGCCCCAUCCCGCGGACCUGGUGCCGCUGCGCGAGCUGCAGCACGGCCGGGGCAAGGGCCGGGGGAAGCGCUCUAGGGAGGAGCUGGCCGACUGGAUCCCCCUGCCCAAGGUGUUCUACAGGGCGUGCGGCAAGCGACAGGAGUGCGUGCGGCACAUCGGUCAGCUGUUCGUGCGUGGUGAGCACGUCGUCUUCGUGCAAGUCCUCACGGUGGCGGAGCAAAGCAGUUCAGAUUAGGUGGAGAAUAUUUAAUUUUUUGAAAUACGUUUUUUACAACACAUCUUCAUAUUUGAUGAUCUCCGCACUCUAUUUUCGGUUAGAGUGAUAUCGGCUUACUGUGGUGUAAGUUCGUAGCUGUUCCAAUCUGGCCAGGUUCAGCAGUUGUUAAGACUGACACGUAAUUAGUGCUACCUUAGAAUUUUGUACAGUUUUUUUUAUAAGUCAUCGCCGACAAAUACAUUGUUAUUUUUUUUGUUAACUGUGA